CGACGCCUCUUUUUUUUUGCUUCGUCUUUUGGCUGCACUCAGCAUCUUUCCUCCUCCCGCGCCCCUUCUGACUAUUUCUACGGCAAACGAGCCCUGCGAAGCUCAGCGAUUGGAUUUCCGAGAUUCUGACGACCUGCACUGACCUCGACCUGUACAAUACCUGCCGUCCCGCGCGACUCGAUCGAACCCGCAUCGCGACCAGCGAACCCAUCCCUCACCUAGCCUGCGAAUUCACGUCACCCGCCAACCGCCAAUCGCGCGAACAAACUAUGACCUGAUCCACAUCCAACGCCUCGCGCGGACCCCGUCGCAGGAAGUGAGGAGGAGAGACGCUUGACCCUGCCGCGCAACCAACCGCGGCACCGCAACCAUGGCGCAGGCCGAGACGAAGGUGUCCGUAAAGGACGAGGACGUCGCCAUGCUGCCGCGCGAUGACAAGGAUUGGGAGCGGCAGGACCGGCUGGACGAGGAGGAGAUGCAGCGCUUCUUCCAGGGCCAGGUCGAAGGCUUGUCCGGCGGCGGCGGCAUCCAGCUCCCCGACGACGACCACCAGUUCGACCAGUCCGGCAAGGCCGACGACGCCCAGGACUUCGAGGACUUGAGCGACGACGAACUCCCCGAGGAGGAAGGCGCGAGCGCCGCCCGACCCCCCGCCUCCACCGACAUCCCCGGCCUCACCGACGACGGCGGCACGAGCAACGAUGCCGACGACCUGUGGGGCGAGGGCGAUGAUCGUGAGUCCUCGCCUCUGCAGAUGGGCGCGCCACCCUCGCCUAUCGCGGAGCCGGCGGACGCGGCUGAUGUCAAAGACUCGGGCCCGGCUCCGGAUGAUGCUGAUGUUCAAGUCGGUGCUGAUGUUCAAGUCGGUGCUGAUGUUCAAGUCGGUGCUGAUGUUGAGGCGUCCCGCCCACAGCCCAGUGACUUCGACAUCAACUUCCCCCAGGCCGACUUCUCGUUGAACCAAGACCCGGACAUCCCGGCUGUCGCGCAGACAGAGCCCGAGCUUGUCAGGUCUGUCUGGCCUAGCUUCGACACUGGAACGUACUUCGACUGGAACCGGUUGCUGCCCCCCAAGAAGGCCACCUGGGUCGGAAAGAAGGCGCAGCGCGCUCCAAAACCACUGGCCCCCACAAAGCUUAGCCUCGACCUCGACGUUGACCAGGAGAAGGCCUUUCGGAUACCCGGCCCGGCGGCAGGAACGACGCGCCAGAAGAUACAGGAUGCCGAAGCCAAAAGCCUGGUGUCGCUGUUGGUCCCGGAGCCGGUGGAGGAGGCCGACAUUGCCAUAUUCAGCAAGGAGCUGGAGGACGACACCGAGCUCGUUGGCGGGUACACACUCGCCGACAUCGAGACCAUCUGCUACGAUUUCGAGUCCAUGAUCGAUGCAGGACGGCCGCUCUCGCCCCCUCUCACUCCACAGCCCAACAGUGAUGACGUCGACAGGAAGGGUGGCGAGCCCAACAGUAAUGGCGUCGACAUUAAGGAUGACGACUUUUGGGACAAAAUGUUCCUGGAUGAGCCGCCCGCCAAGCGGCGCAAGAUAGUGGUGGAGAAGGGUCUGCCGCGGGUGCCUCGCUUCGAGGCCCCGAACUUCGACCAGUUCGAGGAGGCGACUGUGCGUGCUGCCAAGCGCGUCCACCUGGACUUUGCGGAUCCGUUCCUUCUCAUGGAGGAGGAGCAGGCGCCCAAGCGCCAAAAACUCAACCGGGCGGGCGGGAAGCGGAUGGCCAACGGGCGCUUCGGGCGCGAUGUCAAGUCACGCUUCAACUUCUCCAACGACGAGCACUACGAACAGCUCAAGCUCAACCACAAGCACAAGGUGCGGGCGACUAUCGGGAACCUGUCGGUCGAGCACAGCUUGCCGGCCACCAAGCUCCUAUGGCCCUACUACAUGGUUCGCCAGGACGGCAUCGAUCCUUACGAGUACCACAGGCCAAGCCUGCAGACGAGCAAGGAACUCAACUCGUUCGUGAAGCUCGUACAGUCGUCGAGCUUGAAGCGGAAGGACAAGAGGAUUCAGAAGGUCCAGGAAGCCUUCGCCUCGUCAAAGGAUCUCACGUUGAGCGACAACUCGACCGCCGUCCUCUUCGAGUACUGCGAGCAGGUGCCCACUGUCCUGUCCAAGUUUGGAAUGGGCAACAAGAUCAUCAAUCAUGCUAGGAAAAAGGCCAAUACGGACGACGAUACCACGCUGAUCGACAAGAAGCAGUACGAGCUCGGAGAGCCCAACAUUCUCCUGACCGAAGACAAGUCCCCCUUCUCAAUAUUCGGCCGCGUGGACCACGGCGAGGUGGUGCCGACGCUGCAAAACGCAAUGUUCCAGGCGCCAAUAUUCAAGCACAAGCCCAGGAGAAGCGACUUCCUGUGCGGGCGCAGCCACACGGGGGCGGGCGGAUCGAAUUACUACGUGCGCAAGAUUGACCACCUGUACGUCGUGGGCCAGAACUUCCCCACGAUGGAGGUGCCAGGCCCGCACUCGCGGCGGGUGACGACGCUAUCCAAGAACCGGAUGAAGAUGAUAUCGUUCCGCCUGAUACACUCAAAGGGUCACGUCGCCCUCCAGGACAUCACACACCACGUCAAGAACUCGACAGACGCCCAGAACAGACAAAAGCUGAAGGAAUUCCUCAGCUACGAGAGGGAGACCAAGAGCUGGAACAUCAAGGAAAACGACCAGCUCAUGGACAAGGACUCGAUUGAUAAGAUGAUCAAGCCCGAAGAGGUGUGCCUCAAUGAUGCGCACCAGGUGGGCGUCGGGGAGCUGCUGGUCAAUGGCUACACUGUCUCCAGGGUCGACGAUAGCGCAGAUCAGGAGCUCGGCGACGACAACAACGAUGCGUCCUUCGCCAAGUCGAUGGCGCCCUGGUUCACCACCAAGGCUUUCAUCGACGCUUGCGCGGGCAAGGCCAUGGUCAGGCUACGGGGCCCUGGAGACCCCACAGGUCACGGUCUGGGCUUCAGCUUCAUCAAAACUUCUAUGAAAGGUGGGUACAUGGAGGCGCUGCAGAGGGAUCGUGGACCAGGGACGACAUCGGCGGACUCGAUGGCGCUCGAGGCUCAGCGCAAGGACGCCAACGGCCACUCGUACAAUGUCAAGCAACAGGAUGAGCUCUACAACAAGGAGAUCGGGGAGAUCUGGGCCAAGCAAAGAUCGACGCUCUCGGACCCGACCGAACACGACGCCGAGGAUCUGCAGCCGCAGGAGGACGAGGACGACCGAUUCGGCACCGGGGCGGCUGGGGCGGGUGCCGACGGAGGAUCGCAGAUAAUACCUGCGACGCCAGGGGGCUUCAGGGCUGGUGGCGGCAGCUACUCGGCCGUCAACGGCAGUACCUUUAUGGACGACAAGACGAGCGUCUUCAGCCGGCGUAGUGCCACCGACGCUGGGGGCUCGACUGGUCGCAAGAGGAAGAUGCUACGCAUUUACCGCAAGCCAAAGCUCGCUAAUGGCGAUGACGGCGCCGAGGAGCAGGUCGAGAUGGUGCUCGACUCAGGCGUCAUGAAGCGGUACAUAGACGCCAAGCGGAAAGCAUUGGCGGAGGAGGUCGAUCUCUUCGCUGGCAAUGUCGUGUUCACCGGUGAUGCCGAGCAUGAUGCGGCGUUACUCAGCCAGAUCAACGCGGAGGAGGCACGCCUCGUGCGCAACAGGGAGCGACGCCUCCAGCGCGAGAAGUCCAAGCAGCACAACGGCAAGUUCUCGGUCGCGGCGCCCUUCGACCGAGAUCCCGACUCGCCCGCGCCCUCGAUAGAAAAGGGCGCGGGCGGCGGUGCCGGCACCACCAACAGAAAAUGCGCCAACUGUGGCAAGAAGGGGCAUAUCAAAACCAAUAAAAAGCUCUGUCCCAUGCUCAAUGGCACAUACACCAAAGAGACAGGUGGCCACGAGGAGGCUGGCGGCUUCGGCGACGUGGCUACUGGGGCAUGAUGACGGGGCGUUCUAUACGAAAUCACGGAGUCUUGUUGUUGCCUCGUUCUGGCUCUCAUACCCAGCCAAACCCACAUCCACAGCAUCGGGUUGGCAUCGUUUUCUUUCUUUCUGCAUAUUGGCGAUAUGGCGUCACCAACGCUUCCAUGAGCGUUGGCUUUCCUACUUUGUGCCUGCCACAUUAAUAUAUAAGCGAGAGAGGGUCGAGGAGAGUCACGGCCCGACUAUCCCUUGCAGACUCGAGUCACUUUUCUUCUUUUCUUUUCUCUCUUCUGUCAUCGUGCACAUUCCAGCCCUCCGCGCACGGGAUUUGCAUGUGUCUUGAUGACCCAUUUUCACUCCUGAUUUCUCAAGUCAUGGCCAUGGCGCAAAGGGAAAGGAGGGGACAUUCUUUCUUUUUUUUAUGGGUAUUUUUGGAGGGGGAAAAGAAACACAGGGACCCUCGUAUUGCGCUUGGACAUGCCCCUUUUUUGCACCAUCAAAGUUAAGGGGAUGAUGAUGGCGGUCUCUCUAUUGUGCAAAAUACACAGACGAAUAAAAUAAAAAGACGACAUGAAGGAAAAAGGGCCAGGUGGGAUGCGAGCGAGAAGGAUGCUGUUAAUAUCCGAUAUUCUCCCUCUGUUUUGUUUUUCUUUUCUUUUUAUUGUUUCUGCUCACAUGGCCAUUCUGCAAAUGCUUUUCUUUUCUUUUUUUUUUCGUACGUGGCAAGGACUGUCGUGCAAGUUUGUCCCUGUCGUGGGUGUUAAAAAGGGUUGCUAGUUCUCGCAAUUCAGGACUCGGGAAAUAAGAGCAAGUGAAGGGUAACACGAUUGCGGACGUCGGAUCCGG